AUGGAAGAGGUGCAGGAAAAGACGACCGUGGCGGUUGUCGGCCUCGGCGGGAUGGGCAUAGCAGCUGUCAAGAAUUUGAUCGAAGAGGGGUUCGAGGUCACUGGCUUUGACAAGAGCCCAUACUAUGGUGGUCUCUGGCACUUUACCGAGGACAAGGAGACUCUAAGUAUCCUUGAAUGUAAGCCGACUUCCUUGGAUAACCCACACAAGCCAACAUACCCAUUGAACGAGCAAGUCACUUGGCUUUUGCACCCUGUCGCCAGCCCUAACACACUAUUGCAGAUGUGCUAUACCGACUUUCCCUUCCCAGAAGAUACCCCGACGCACUGUUCCGCAGGCGAGGUACAAAAGUACAUUGAGUCGUACGUCGAGCACUUUUGCCUCGCGCCGCACUUUAGACUCAACACCACCGUCACGCACAUUUCCGAGAGCGAGGAGACGGGCCGGUGGAGGAUCGACAUUGCCGGCGCGCCGUCGCAGAACUUUGACAAGGUGGUCAUGGCGACGGGGCCGCACGUCAAGGCGACGCCCUUUAGGCUCGAGGGUCAAGAGGUAUUCGAGGGCGAGGUGAUGCACUCGCAGCGGUUCAAGAGAGCAUCCGAUUAUGCGGGUAAAAGGGUCGUGGUUUUGGGCAUGGGCAACACCAGCGCCGACAUUGCGAAUGAGCUGGUGGGAGUCGCCUCAAAAGUCUACCUGUCCCAUAACAGAGGCGCACACGUCCUGCCUCGCGACCUCAAAGGCGUACCCGCGACCAGCGUGCUCACCCACCGUCUCAUCCGUCUGCAAAGCUUCAUCGACCGUCUCUUCCCGCGCCUGCGCGACCUCCUCAGCGGCCUCGUCCUGCACCGCAUGACCAGCACCGUCUUUGGCGCCCUCGACCCCGCGUGGGGCCUCCUCCCCGCGCCCCCGGCCACCGUCACCAACCCCAUCAUCAACGACGCCCUCAUCCCGCACCUCCGCAGCGGCGCGCUCCUCUCGGUCCCGGGCAUCCGCCGCCUCGUCGGCCCCUCGGCCAUUGAGCUCGUCUCCGGCGCCAUCAUCCACGCCGACGUCGUCGUCUGCUGCGUCGGCUACCAAAACAACUAUCACGACAUCCUCUCGCCGCGCGUCGACCCGACGCGGCACCUCUCCGCCGCGUGGGACGCCGCGCCGGGCGCCCGCGGACGGCCCCUCCCGCGGCUCUACCAAAACGUCUUUUCGCUCGACCGCCCCGACUCGCUCGCAUUUGUCGGCUGCGCGUGGUUCGCGACGGGCGCGCUGACGGUCGCGGACCUGGCGAGCAUGUGCAUCGCGCAGGUGUGGCGCGGGCGCUCGCGGCUACCGCCUGCGGAGACGAUGGAGGCGUGGAUGGACGCGCAGGAGGGGUAUGUGGCGCGGCUGGCGCGCAGAGGCACGGUGGUGCCGGCGACGGUGGACAUGCGCGCGUGGCUCGUCUGGGCGGACGAGACGGCCGGGAUGGGCGUGGAGAGACGCGUCGGACGCUGGUGCGGGUGGGAAUCGUGGGCGUUUUGGUGGCGUGAGAGGAGGCUGCACGCAAUGAUUGAGGCGGGCGUGUUUACGUCGGUGGUCUGGAGGCUGUUUCCGGGUAGCAAGAGCAAAGCGUGGGAGGGCGCGAGGAGGGAGAUUGAGAGGCUGAAUGAGAGGCAUGAGGAAAAGCUGGCGGCGUAUAAGAGGAGCCAUUCGUGA